AUGUCUGAUGCGAUGGAGAUCAUGUUAUUGUCUAUUCUGUCGCCCGAGCUGCAAUGUACCUGGCAGCUUACAGGCGCACAAGAGGCUUUAUUGACAACGGCUGUGUUCGCAGGUAUGGCCGUUUCCUCCAACGUCUGGGGUCUGUUGUUCGACAAAUACGGCCGCCGAUUUGGACUUUUGUUUUUCGCAGUGAUCUCUGCCUAUUUCGGCAGCCUGAGUGCCUUGUCGCCUUCCUAUGAGUGGAUCCUGGUGCUACGUUUUAUUGUAGGCCUGGGACUGGGCGCCACCCCGCAAUC